AUGACGACGAGUCUCCAGAAAUGGAGAGUCCCUCUGAGCCUUCUCCGUCGCGACGACGUCGUUUCGCGGCGGCUAUUACACGAAGGCCCGGACACGGUGGAGGAGCUUGUAGAAAGACACGUGGUGAAGAAAGAGAAACACCUGGAUGACGAAGAGGAGGAGCUGCUGAAUCGGCGGCGACUGACCACCACGCGCCGGGAGGCGCUGUGUCUUUACCGAGACAUACUCCGGGCGACGAGGUUCUUCAUGUGGACGGACUCUCGAGGCGUGCUUUGGCGAGACGUGUUGAGAGAGAACGCGAGGAAGGAGUUCGAGGAGGCCCGGUUCGAAACGGAUCCGGAAGUUGUGACCCGAUUGCUGAUCGGAGGUCAUGACGCGGUGCAGGCGGCGUUGGAUAAGCUCGCUGAGAAGCAGCGGCAGCAGAUUCAGAAGGAGCGAGGCGGCGGCGGCGGAGAUCAACCGUAGAAGGUGUGUGUAGUUUUCUUUAUUUGGUUCUGAAAAUGUGAUUGAAGAUGAAAUGUUGUUCUGUGUUGAAAUGUUUCACUGAGUAAAGGUUAUAAGUUUGAAUGGGUAUUUGUAAAUGUUUUGCUGAUUACUGGGGAUUAUGCAUAAUGCAUUUGCCAAUUUAUGAUUUAGCUUUCUAGUAUAAAAGGUUCACCUCUAGCAGAAUUAAUAGAUUUAUUAGCAAGACUAUUUAUGGCAUCGUUUGUAUUUGAUUGGUUGUUGAUAGUGAUAGGACUAUAGUUGUUUAGGUGGUGAUCCGGUUGGAAAGCUAGAAUGUUAAAGUCUAUUAGCUAAACAAAAUAGGUGAUCCUUGUAGCUGUGCAGUAUGAGUGAUUUCAAGAAGACUGCAUGGAUAACUGUGGUUGAGGGCAUCAGAACUUAGGUGAUCAUCAUUAGUGCGACGCAUUAGAAGUCCUCAAUUUAGACUGGGUAGUUUAAUUUGCUGGCUUUAAGGGUCGGAAGGGACUCAUGGGAGAUAUAUGAUGGGAUGCAUUAAGCAGCUAGUGGGUGAGUGAGAGAACAAGGAACAGGUUGCUACUGGCUACUGCUUUUUUAUAGGGUUUCUUUGCCUCCACCUCCCUUAUACCAGCUUCUCCUUACCUAGUUGAGUUGUCCUUUCUGAUCAGCUCUGAUUUGUGCCGUGAUUUUUCUUUUUGUUAGUUGAAUAUGAGAAACUGUGACAAAGUAGAAGACAUUCAGAAACAGAUUUGUUCUCCUUCGAGCAGCAGAAGUUGGAAGUUUCAAGUUUGCCACAUUGCCACCCCCUGUUCAUUCUUUGCUUUCAGCAUAGGUUUAACUUUAUUCCCUAUGGCUUUACCAUUUUUUGACUCCAUUAUAGACCAGCCUUUCUCUGUUCCCAGCUUCGUCCAAUUGAUCUUAUGGGUGUAUCGUAGCUUCUGCUAAUUGCAUUUGUUUUUGGGUUAUUGGGAUGUUAUCAUGAAAUGUAGUUUUCUUUUUCAUCAAGUGCUAAAUUCGUUCAUAAAAGGUAU